AUGUAUUAAAAGAGGACACGCGUUAGAUGUGUUAAAUAUCACGCUUGCCACCAAAAUUAAGAUUGACCUUGGACACAUGGAAAGAACAAAUGCUUGUAGUGUCAAUACGGCUGCAGGAGACCGAAGAAAUGGCUGGUUUUGGGUGACGGCUGGAAUUCAGAAUUACACCUGGACGGAUUCAAUAAUAAUGAUACAAAAAUAGAAAGAAAAACGAAGCCUAUUGUUAUUUAAUGUUUGUCAGUGGGUGUAUAAAAAAUGUGGAAUGCAUUUGGGAAUGGAUCAGGAGUGCACGGAGGCGGUGGUGGGUACGUAAGCAGGGCUCAGGGAUGGGAGUUUGUGCCAAGGUCCCGUUUAGAGAAAGAACGGGGCAGGGGGCGAAGCUGUAGCCCGCGCAGUACGAUUUCGUCCCCAGCUUCUGUGCCCCAGUUCGCUGAGGAGUUUAAACCCGUGCUGGAAGCGGCAGCGUCGGUGUCAGCAAUCCCAGCACAAGAUAGCAAGUACGAGCUCCAGUGCCAGCGUUCGCGGCUGAAGAAAAAGUUUGAAGAGCUGAAGAAACUCCAUGGGCAGAAGAAAGAUGAAUGGAUGAAGGAGAAAGAAGCACUUUUAAGACAAGUUGCUGAAAUACAAGAAGGAGAAAAUAGAAGGAUUUUUUUGGAUUUGAAGUCUGUUUUGCAAGAGGUUCAGUCGGAGAUUAAAAAGGAGGAGACAAGAAGGAGCGACUUACAGCAGCUGUACACAAGGGAUCGUUGUGCCUGGGAGCUGGAAAGAGCAGAACUGAACUGUCGCAUCGCACUGCUGGAAGCAAAGGGAGGUAAACACCACUGUGAGAAAGCCAGCCCUGACCCGAAGGAAACGCUGAAGAGGGAACGCGAGGAGCAGAAGAGGCUGCUGGCGGACACACAUACAGCGGCGAUGGACUUCAGGAAGCAGCUGGAGAGCAGCGAGCGGGGCUGGGGGAGGGACAAGGGAGAGCUGCUGGAGAGGUUUGACAUGGAAAGAAAGCAAUGGGAAAGCCAGCUGAAAGACAUGCAGAGGAAGAUAGAAGAGCUUUACCAUGAAGUGACGGCAAGACGGGAGGGCAAUGUGAGUGGGCAGGAGCAUAGAACCUGUGAUGAAGUAUUGAGGGUUUAUCUACGUUCCCCAGUUAAAGAGUCAACCUGUCUAAAUGGCUCAACAGACCAGAAGCCUCCCUGCAUCUCGGAGCCCGAUGCGCCAGAGAGGGAUGAGAUUCCAUAUAAACAAGAAGGGAUGAAUAUUUCAACACCUUGGGGACAUGACCCAGCAUUUGUGGAUCAUUUUAACAACAAGAUUUUCCAAGACACUACAGGCUUCCAUAAUACUAAUAGUGUGUGUGGGAGUGAUAAUCAGAAGCACACUAGCGCCCUUACUGCAGCAUUGAAGGAAAUUGAAAAAGUAAGUGAAGAACUGUGCAGCUACCAGGAUGAAAUCCGACAGAAAUCUAAUCUCUCUAACCACAGCAACAGAACUUAUUCUGUAUCUGUUUCGGGGGAAUACGAGGAAGCGCAGAAUAAAAAGAACAAAGCUGGGCUAAGAUGUGAGCCUAACAAUGAAAUACCAGCAUUCAACCCACAGUGGUCAGGUGACCUCAGAGUGACAGAGGAAGAGAACAACAGGAUGAACUGGGCCUGCAUGAACAUGGACAUGAGCGAUGGCUUCGUUAACAGUGCAGACAGAGGAGCUAAGCCUCCGCUGAUGAAGAAGGAGGCGCCACCAGUUCCUCCAAGGACUACGUCAUGGUAUCUGUCGAGCCCAUUUACGCCACAAGCCGUGGACUAUCCUGUGGCGGAGGUCAACAAACCAUGGCAGCCGCAGGGUUCCUUUUCUAGCAGGAAAUACAAUAGCCCUUUGGUUUUGAGAACAUUUGGGGCUCUGUUGCAGGAAAACGAAGGCAAAAUAUUCACAGAUUCUGGUAUCUUUACCAAUGUAGUGCCUGCUGAUUCCAAGUGCAAUAUUGGCUGCUGUCAUAGUAGGUGGUCAUGUGACAUGAGUAAAUUUGGCAGCAAAUCACCGACCUACCAGCCUGUCCAGAAAAGAUAUUCAGACGUCAGUGUGCUGUCAUUCGAGAAAGACGACAGCUCAGACUACAAGUCUCCCAAGCAGCCCAAGUUCCCAUACGGUCCAUUUCAAAGCACAGACAGUACAAGAGAAUCUAACUCUUACUGCAGCUCAGCUGAAAUCAGAGGUUCUAUCUCAGGCACACCCUCUUUGUACUCUGAAACCAGCAGACCUAAGACGAAUGAGACAUUGACAAUGAAAACUGCUGAAUUCAAUAGGACUUUGUUUCAGACAGACAUGGGUGAUGAAGUUAAUGAGGACAGGCUAAUUCUAGCAAAGCUCUGUGAAAAUGCUAAAUUUAGUGAUUCAAAUCCUAGCUGCACGUUUUCCUAUACAAUGGACAAUGAAAAAGAAUACUUUAAUCCACAAAGAAAAGCCUCAGCUUUCUCAGAGUACAUACCUAACCGACACAGAAAUAGUACAGGACUGAAUGCCCAGGGAGUAUCAAAGGGAGGUUUGGUCUGGUUUGGCAGCGAUAAUGGUAAUGACAAGCCUGUUACGAAUGAACACCCCUUGAGACCAAGCCAAUUAGCUUCUUGUCCUCUACCAAAAGAUGCAAGAUCCAAUUACAGAGUUGUUGAAAAGAUUUUGAGGGGUUAUGAAAAUUCAAGUUCUUCUCAUCUGAAUUCUAGCUGUGGCAUGCGUCAGCAACAAAACCCAAGGCCUGGAUUUGCACAAGACAACUCAGACAACCUCACUGAGUUUUUAGACGUGCUCCAAAUAGAACACGAAUCCCAGGCUAGUCAGAGACUGUCUCCAGCUCCCUGCAGGCAGCCCAGCAUGCACAAUGAUGUAUGGCUGGAAAUACAAGAGAAUCACCCAGAAGCCUCAGCUCCUUUAGCUAGGAAGAGAUUCUCACGACCCAGUCGGCCAGCAAACCAGCGACUCCCAUCCCGCUGGGCCCGCAGACUCACUCCUGCCCCUCCAACAGCAAGCAGAGCUCCACAGAAACAGAUAUAUGCCUAUUCCUACUACUCAGAGGAUGCAGUGCUCUGAGACUAGAGUCCUUAACAAGCAGAAUAAAACCAGGAAGUAUGCUUAGUUACCCUUUUAAACUAGUUUUUACCUUCUGUAUAUACUUGACAUAUUUAUACUGAGCUUUUAAGUGCUUUACUUGUGUACGUGUAUACAAAAUGUUUUUGGUACGCUUUAGGUAAAAGAGACAUUUAUAAGCUUUGUUGAAGCAUAGACAGUCUCCAGUGUUUCAAUGGCCUUCUGUACUUCUGUGCUAACUUUAAUCAUGACAAACAUUCUAUUGCAUUGUUUUUACUUAGCGUUUGUUUACCUAUUUUAAUAUUUCAAAACAUUGUUUCAUGGUGACUUGCAUGCUUAUGUGUUUGUUAGUUGCAUGUGUAUGUAGUUAUGAGAAUAUAAAACAUAAGUAGGUCAUCGUUGACAAACUAUAGACCAGUAUCGUAAUUUUAAUCAAUCUUUAAUCUCCAUGUUAAAUAUCUUGGGUGGUUAAUCAAUAUAACUUUAGAUGUUCUACUUACUGACAGUGAAACAUGUAAUGAGAGUGAUCUGUUUUAUUGUUUGUGUUUUUUUUUCUGAUAAUAAAAAAAAUUUAAAAAAAAGAACAGGUAUUUACAUGUCGAGGCUACUGCUUAACAACUCUAAAAUGCUGAGUUUUCUUUAAUAGUAUCCUUAGCUUUUCACACUCAAAAAAAAAUAAAAAAUAAAAAUUCACAACAGUACAGGGAAAAACAUACUACAAUUGCCCAGGGAUACUACAUCAUAUACUAGGACUCGAAACUUGCAGCCCUGCACCCAGUAUUAUUGAAGUUUGGAAAAUCUGGCCCCUGGUAAGUCUUCUCUGAACUGGUCACACUUAAUGUACCACAUUAUGAAUAAGUCACAUCCAAGACUAUGGGUCAGUCAAUAGGAGAAAUAAUCAAAAAUGUCCUGGCUCCUGAUAAUUUAAAUAAUAUACUUCCUGUAAUUGAAGGUAGUUCAUGGCUAGUGUUAAACUGUAUGAAUUGUUUCUAUAAUGCCUAACAUUCCUCUUACUUCACUACCUAAUAAGAAAUUUAAGCCGUGCGAGGUUCUGAUUUAUGAAUGGUGUGAACUGAGCACAGAAGUGCCUCGACCAUGUUGGCAAAACUUCUCCGCA